AUGGCAGAGAAUGAUCUUACCGCAUUGGAUCUUACACAUGUGCUGUACGACGCUUCCUCGCAUGUCUCGUUAUUCAUGGCAUUAAUCACAUUGUCGCCUAUCCUACUGAUGGCUUCGUACGCAGUGCUCGCUGUAUUUACGCGCGAGUUAACGAUCAUCAACAUGUGGGCAGGGCAGCUGCUGUGUGAGGCCUUCAACUGGGCCAUCAAGCGCGCAAUCAAGCAGGAACGUCCCUCUGGCAGUGUGGGGACUGGCUACGGCUUCCCUUCAUCUCACAGCCAGUACAUGGCGUACUUCGCCACCUUCCUGGUGCUACACCUUCAUUUCCGGCAUCGCUUCGUCUCGACUGGCAGUUGGAUCAUCGACCAGUCAUUUCGAUUACUGCUGCACGCGGCAUUCAUAGGCUGGGCUGGAACAGUCGCGUAUUCAAGGCACUAUCUGCAGUACCAUUCGACUGCGCAGGUUCUGUGGGGUGUCUCAAUCGGCGUCGCUUUCGCAUCGGUAUUCUACGCCGUGACGGAGCUUGUACCCAUCAAGCGACCACAGUCCCUCCUGGGUCGCCUACGGACGCUCGCGCUUGCGAACCCGGUGUCGUCCUGGUUACGACUUCGUGACGGCUGGGCAGUCUGGUCCGAUAGUGGGAUCGAAGAACACUGGCUGGUCUGGCGGCGAGAAUGGGAACGGAAGACAGAAAAGAAAAGUAGUUAA